AUGAUUUUGGUGAUCUUUUUGGUGAUUGUGCAAGUUUCUGGCUUCGUUUACCCACCGCAAGAGAUCAUAAUCAAUCGGGAUGAGACUUCAGGACUCUAUUUACCAGUGAACAGUGCUUCUGCGUCCCUGAAAAUGACUCUGAAGGAGUUGAAAUGCUGCUCGGGAGGAUUUUUCCGCGCCAGAAUUCAAAUGAAGUCAUCUCUUCCCGCCCUGCCUUCCAUAGACAGUGCUUUCCCAUUAAAUAACUGCCAUGUGAGGAUCUUUGGAGAUCAACUGAGGAUUGAGAUUCCGGGACAGAAUUUCCAGGAAUGCGGAGUGUCUAAUUGUGGAGAAAAUCUUUGUCUCAGGAUGAGAUUCCCUCACGUGAAAGGGUUGAAAACUGCCUCAGACGGUCUUUUGACCCUGAAAUGUCGCCCUCAAAAGCCUUUGGUGACUCAGAAUCAAAUUCUGAGACUGUCUGUGGAGGAGAAUCAGGUCAGAAGGGAUUCUUCAGUGAUUGAGGGCGGCAGUCAGAUGCUCUUUAGAAGCCAAAUGGGCCUCUUCAAGAGGAACAGACUAGAUGGAAGCUUCUCAGAAGCUCUGACUGAAGGAGGAGAAGUUCUUUUGGGAGAACCACUAAUGCUGAAAGCACAAGUCAGGCCAGAAGAUGGAUGGAAUUUCACAGGAAUGUCUGAUAUUUCUCUGUCCAGACUUUCUCCGGCUGGCGAGAUUCUCCACUCCGCAAAUCUGAUCACUCGAGAAGGAUGCGUGAAUCCUGCCAUGAGAAGUAUUUGCUCAGAAAACCCCUCUUUUGAUCCUCCUCUUGGCCAGAAGUUGAGAUUCAAGGCCGCCAGCUUUCCUGGAAUGAUUUCUGGGGAGGAAAUCGUGCUGAAUGUCAGGCUAUAUGCUUGUCUGAAUCCCAGAGAUUGUCUUCCGAAUCUGACCAAGUGUCGCUCUAGAAUCAAGAGAAGCUUCAAAGACUCUCAAUUUGAAGAAUCGAGGAUUUCCUUUAGAGUCACUCUUCCGAAUGGCCAGGAAAUUGCGAGUGAAUCUCAAAUGAAUGCUCUAAUUCCAAUCUUCGGCAUCAGCGGUCUGGCCAUUCUCUGCUUCGGAUGCUUUCUCAGCAUUGCUGUUCUCUGGCGAAGGAGAUCCCGGACAGGCUUUCUGGCUAGCCGGCGCCCUAGUCUUUGA